UGGCCGCCACAAUCCGUUCAAGUUUCUGACGCGCUUGAACGCCCCAUACGUGAUUAAAGUGCAAACAUAUAUACACAGUUACAGCCAAGUGUUUGGAACCCUACACCAUCCCACAACCUGCCCACUGGGCACACACAAUUAUUUGUUAAUGUCUCCUUUUUAUUUAACCAAAUGUGUUGUAAAUGAAACGAUAAUAACCGUAACAACAUCUAGCUCGAGAUUUCAGAUAGGCUGACAUUGCUGGCUAGCAACUCGGGUACAACUUAUUACUUUUUUAUUUAUUUAUAUUUUGUUGCGAUAUUGUAUUUAAUUAUUAGGCUGUCGAGAUGAUGAAAGGAGGUGCUUUGCCUAAAAAAGAGGGCAAAAUGCGCAUACGUGCUUUUCCGACAUCAGUGGAUGAGAAGUACGUCGAAAAUAUUUGGGCAUUGCUAAAAAAUGCUAUACAGGAAAUUCAAAAGAAAAAUAAUUCGGGACUGAGCUUUGAAGAGCUCUACCGGAAUGCAUACACAAUGGUACUUCAUAAGUACGGUGAACGUCUCUACACAGGUCUGAAGGAAGUGGUGACACAGCACCUGGAAAACAAAGUCCGCGAAGACGUUCUCGAUUCGUUGCACAAUAAUUUUCUGCAGACGUUGAAUCAAGCCUGGAAUGAUCACACCACGUCCAUGACAAUGAUCCGUGAUAUAUUGAUGUACAUGGAUCGAGUUUACGUCCAGCAAAAUGAAGUGGACAAUGUUUAUAAUCUUGGUCUCAUCAUUUUCCGUGAUCAAGUCGUUCGAUAUGGAUGCGUCAGAGAUCAUUUGAGAGAGACCCUUCUGGGAAUGGUGGCUCGAGAACGAAGAGGCGAAGUUGUGGAUCGUAUGGCUAUAAAGAAUGCGUGUCAAAUGUUGAUGCGCCUAGGUAUUAAUAAUCGUUUGGUUUAUGAAGAAGACUUUGAGAGGCCUUUCUUACAACAGAGCGCUGAAUUUUAUAGAAUGGAGUCACAAAAGUUCUUAGCUGAAAACAGCGCCUCAGUGUACAUAAAAAAAGUUGAAACAAGAAUUCAAGAGGAGUCUGACCGAGCGAAACAUUAUUUGGAUGAAUCGACAGAGUCACGAAUUGUUGAAGUUGUGGAGGAGGAGCUCAUAAAAGUUCACAUGAAGACUAUCGUAGAGAUGGAAAAUAGCGGAGUGGUUCACAUGCUGAAAAACCAAAAGACAGAUGAUCUUGGAUGCAUGUACAAAUUAUUCUCUCGAGUAACGGAUGGUCUUCGUACAGUGUGUGAUUGUGUAUCACAAUUUCUUCGUGAGCAAGGCCGGUCUAUGGUUCAAGAAGAACAAGAUUCCGCAACGAAUGCUGUUAGCUUUGUGCAACAUCUAUUAGAUCUGAAAGAUCGUUUUGAUCAUUUUCUCCAUUAUUCUUUUAACAACGAUAAGCUUUUUAAACAAAUGAUUGUGUCAGACUUUGAAUACUUUCUUAAUUUAAAUUCAAAGAGUCCGGAGUAUCUGUCGUUAUUUAUUGAUGAUAAAUUAAAGAAAGGUGUCAAAGGAAUGACAGAACAAGAAAUCGAAGGUAUCCUGGAUAAAACAAUGGUAUUAUUCAGAUUUCUUCAGGAGAAAGAUGUAUUUGAACGGUACUAUAAGCAGCACUUGGCAAAACGUUUAUUAUUAAAUAAAUCUGUGUCAGAUGACAGUGAAAAGAACAUGAUAUCAAAAUUGAAGACUGAAUGCGGUUGUCAAUUUACGUCUAAGCUUGAGGGUAUGUUUAAAGAUAUAACUGUCAGCAAUACGAUAAUGGAUGAAUUCAAAGAAAGUGCAUCAUCUGCAGCGAAUCUUCGAGGUGUCGAUUUAAGUGUCCGAGUACUCACGACCGGUUUCUGGCCGACGCAAUCCGCAACACCCAAGUGCAGUAUGCCUCCAGCAGCUCGUGAUGCUUUCGAUACGUUCCGUCGUUUCUAUUUAGCGAAACACAGCGGUCGGCAAUUGACACUGCAGCCACAGCUCGGCUCUGCUGAUCUCAAUGCUGUUUUUCACGGACCGCGAAAAGAAGACAAUGGAUUGGAGACCCCGUCAUCUACGAGCACAAUAAGCAACGGCAAUGGCAGCUCCACGAGUGGAAGUCUCGUCAGUCAACGCAACAGUUGCACCGGAAAUCCAAGAAAACAUAUUAUUCAAGUAUCCACCUACCAAAUGUGUGUUCUUAUGUUAUUUAACAAUCGAGAUCGAUUAACUUAUGAGGAAAUACAAAAUGAGACAGACAUUCCCGAGAGAGAUUUAGUGAGAGCUUUACAAUCACUGGCCAUGGGAAAAGCUGCACAGAGAAUUUUGCUCAAACAACCGCGAUCUAAAGAAAUCGAACCCUCACAUUUGUUUACUGUCAAUGACAGUUUCUCUAGUAAAUUACACAGAGUUAAAAUUCAAACAGUAGCAGCUAAAGGCGAGUCGGAGCCUGAAAGAAAGGAGACGCGAAAUAAAGUUGAUGAAGAUCGUAAACACGAAAUCGAAGCUGCUAUUGUUCGAAUAAUGAAAGCUCGCAAACGCAUACCACACAAUAUUCUUGUAACAGAAGUAACACAGCAACUACGCCUCCGAUUUUUACCGUCUCCAAUGAUAAUUAAAAAACGUAUCGAAGGUCUAAUAGAACGUGAAUACUUAGCUCGAACACCCGAAGACAGAAAAGUUUAUACUUACGUCGCUUAAGACGACACCCGCAUUUGUACAAACGCGUGAGUAACCGAGCCACAGACUCUCUCCUCAAGAAGUCAAAGUGAAGAGUAAAAAACAAGUACAUCAUUUUAAAUAAUUUAAAUAAAAAACCCAAUAAAAAAAUGGAAUGAAAAUAAAAACAAUAAAAAUAUGAGAGAAUAUCACUAUCAAAGUCUCAUUGUCGAAGUUCGCCAGAUUCGGAGCUUAGUAAUCCUGGUCUACAUGUAAUAGCAUUACGAUAAGUUCCAAGAUUAAAGUUUUAAGAAAUAUUAUCUACUAAUUAAAUAAUUAAUUAAUUAUUAAUAAUUAUUAUAACAGAUUUAAAUUAUUCCAGACA